AAUAAACAACAACAUAAAAAAAAAAUCUAAAAACAAAUAAAAAAUUCCACACAAACGCUCCUUUGAAAGGCCACCAAACUCUAUUUCGCUUCUUAAAGUUGUUUUCGUAUUAUCUCUCUCGCGCUCCAAAAAAAAAAAAAAACGCAAAAAGAGAGGUUUUUCAAAAGAAAUUUCCUGAACUUCUUCGCCCCCAAUCUUCCUCUCUUCCUAAAAGGUGCAGAUCAAUUUUGUUUUAUUAAUUAAAUUGGUGCAAUUUUUGCUGAAGAUGAGUGUUGUCGGGUUUGAUUUUGGCAAUGAGAGCUGCAUUGUUGCUGUCGCGAGGCAGAGAGGGAUUGAUGUUGUGCUUAAUGAUGAGUCAAAGCGUGAAACUCCGGCUAUUGUAUGCUUUGGAGAGAAGCAGAGAUUCAUUGGUACUGCAGGGGCAGCAUCUUCUACUAUGAACCCUAAAAACUCAAUUUCUCAGAUAAAGCGGUUGAUUGGCCGUCAGUUCUCGGAUCCUGAGUUGCAAAGGGACCUCCAGUCAUUGCCCUUUAAUGUCACUGAGGGUCCUGAUGGAUAUCCUUUGAUUCAUGCUCGUUAUUUAGGUGAAAUGAGAACCUUUACCCCAACCCAAGUCUUGGGAAUGGUUUUGUCGAAUUUGAAAAGCAUAGCUGAGAAGAAUCUGAAUGCAGCAGUGGCGGAUUGCUGCAUUGGAAUUCCUGUAUAUUUCACUGAUCUCGAAAGAAGGGCAGUUUUAGAUGCAGCCACAAUUGCAGGCUUGCACCCUCUUCGCUUGAUUCAUGAAACUACAGCAACGGCUUUGGCUUAUGGUAUUUAUAAGACUGAUUUACCUGAAAAUGACCAAUUAAAUGUUGCCUUUGUUGAUAUUGGACAUGCUAGCAUGCAAGUUUGUAUUGCUGGCUUCAAGAAGGGGCAACUUAAGAUAUUGGCUCAUUCAUUUGACCGCUCUUUGGGUGGGAGAGAUUUUGAUGAAGUUCUAUUUCAGCAUUUUGCUGCAAUAUUUAAAGAAGAAUACAAGAUUGAUGUCUUUCGGAAUGCAAGGGCUUGUGUUAGGCUUCGGGCUGCUUGUGAGAAGCUAAAGAAGGUACUUAGUGCCAAUCCUGAGGCACCUCUGUUUAUUGAGUGCUUAAUGGAUGAGAAGGAUGUUAGGGGUUUCAUUAAGAGAGAGGUGUUUGAGCAGAUCAGUGCUCCAAUUUUGCAACGUGUGAAGAGGCCGUUAGAGAAGGCUCUUGCUGAUGCUGGGCUUGCAGUUGAGGAUGUUCACAUGGUUGAGGUUGUUGGCUCAGCCUCUCGUGUUCCUGCUAUUUUGAAAAUCCUCACAGAGUUCUUUGGUAAAGAGCCUAGACGCACAAUGAAUGCUAGUGAAUGUGUUGCAAGGGGUUGUGCUUUACAAUGUGCAAUUCUCAGUCCCACAUUCAAAGUUCGAGAGUUUCAGGUCAAUGAGAGCUUCCCUUCCCCAAUUUUGCUAUCAUGGAAAGGGUCUGCUCCAGAUGGAGGAGUGGAACAACAACAACUGGUUUUUCCAAAGGGAAAUCCGAUACCCAGUGUUAAGGCUGUAACAUUCCACAAGACAAGUACUUUCAGUGUUGAUGUUCAAUAUUCUGAUGUAAGUGAUUUGCAGGUCCCUGCAAAGAUCAGUACAUACACGAUUGGUCCUUUUCCAACAAUAAGAAGUGAACAAUCAAAAUUGAAGGUCAAAGUUCGUUUGAAUUUGCAUGGGAUAUUAUCCCUUGAGUCGGCAACACUCUUGGAAGAGGAAGAAGUUGAAGUUCCAGUUUCAAAAGAACCAGCAAAAGAAGAUAUUAAGAUGGAGACUGAUGAAGCACCUAGUGAUACUGCUGCCCCCAUUGCCAAUGAGACAGAUGUUAACAUGCAAGAUGCCAAGGGUACAGCUGACUUGGCAGGGGUUGAAAAUGGUGUUACUGAGUCAGGUGACAAGCCUGUGCAAAUGGAGACUGAUGCUAAAGUUGAGGCUCCCAAGAAGAAAGUGAAGAAAACAAACGUCCCAGUAGCAGAAUUGGUUUAUGGUGCAAUGUUACCUGUUGAUGUUCAAAAAGCAGUAGAGAAGGAGUUCGAAAUGGCUUUGCAAGAUAGGGUUAUGGAAGAAACAAAGGAUAAAAAGAAUGCUGUUGAGGCCUAUGUCUAUGACAUGAGGAAUAAGCUUAGUGACAAAUACCAGGAUUUUGUCACUGAUCCGGAGAAGGAAGUUUUUUCUGCUAAACUUCAGGAAACAGAGGAUUGGCUAUAUGAGGAUGGGGAGGAUGAAACAAAGGGUGUCUAUGUUGCCAAGCUUGAAGAGCUUAAGAAGCAAGGGGAUCCUAUUGAAGAGCGCUACAAAGAGUAUACUGAAAGGGGAACUGUCAUUGAUCAGCUUGCUUACUGUAUUAAUAGUUACAGGGAGGCAGCCAUGUCAAAUGAUCCCAAAUUUGAUCACAUUGAACUUGCUGAAAAGCAAAAGGUCUUAAAUGAAUGCGUGGAAGCUGAGGCCUGGCUGAGAGAGAAAAAACAGCAGCAGGGUCAACUUCCCAAGUAUGCCACUCCAGUUCUCCUGUCAGCUGAUGUGAGAAAGAAGGCUGAAGCGCUAGACAGGUUUUGCAGGCCAAUAAUGACGAAACCUAAACCAGCCAAACCAGCCACAACUGAAUCACCUGCAACCCCACCUCCUCAGGGAAAUGAGACUGAGCCACAGGGUGCAGAUGCUAAUGUUAACCCGAGUGCAAGCCCUAACCGCAAUGCUGAUCCCUGUGAAAAUACACCGGCAGCCAGUGGUGAGGCACCUCCAGCUUCUGCAGAACCAAUGGAAACUGACAAAUCGGAGACUACUUCAAGCACUGCAUAAAUUAUUAUUAGCCUGCUGGUAUUGUGAUGAUUUAUGCGGCCAAAAUUUGGUUCUUAUGUAUAAGUACUAUUUUUCAAAAGAGCCUGUGACCAACUCUUGGGUAGGGUUUAUAAGAGAGGCUGUGUUGUUUGGGUCAGUGUUUUCACCUUGUAAAGCCGUCUCUUUGCAAUGUCUGCCGAGAUUUGAUUUGUUAAGAGUGAAUCCGGGUUUUUCAAGGAGGGUUUUCUAAAUUCUACGAGAAAAACAUUUGUUAUUGGGGUUUCGUUGCUAACAUUUUUCUGUUAGCGGGAGCCUGAAAUUUAAAAAGGAUUUGUUGGGAUUAGUUAAUCACUUCGUUUCUGGUUAUCGUUGGUUGAUGUCCUCAAAACUUGGAUUUUGUUUAAAUUAAAGUUUCACACUAUUUCUGGA